AUGCAAAUAUCAAAAUAUUUUACUCAUAAGCUUGUUCAAUAUUCAGGCUAUCCUUCUAUUUUAAUUGAACGAGACGCAUGUGGAGUAGGUUUCAUUGCUCAAAUAAAUCAAUUGCCUUCUCAUAAUUUAGUUAUAAAGGCUAUAAACGCAUUAAGCUGUAUGGAGCAUAGAGGUGGAUGUAGUGCAGAUCGUAUUUCUGGUGAUGGUGCUGGUAUAACAACACAAAUACCUUGGAAUUUGUUGAAAAGUUCUUUUGCAUCUCAACAGAUUCAAUUUUACAAUGAUGUAGCUGUUGCAAUGGUCUUUUUACCUUCUGAACAUAUUCAGGCAAUACGAAAAAUUUUUGUAUGGGCUUUGGAAGAAGAGGGUUUAAAUGUAUUAAAUUGGAGAAAUGUUCCCAGAAAUGAUUCGGUUUUAGGAACUCAAGCAAAAUUAAAUCAGCCUGAAAUUCAACAGUGCUUUGUUCAAGCCAAAGACGUAACAGGAGAUGCUCUAGAGCGGUUAUUAUAUCUUACAAGAAAAAAAAUCGAAAAAUUAAUAGCACAAACAAACUUAAAUCUAAAUAAACAAUUUUACUUUUGUUCUUUUUCAUCAAAAAUGAUUGUGUAUAAAGGUAUGGUGAAAUCAAAAAUUUUAGCACAAUAUUAUUUAGAUUUAUCUGAUUCACGUUAUGAAAGUAAUUUUGCAAUAUAUCAUAGAAGAUUUAGCACUAAUACUUUGCCUAAAUGGCCUUUAGCACAGCCGAUGAGAUUUAUGGCUCAUAAUGGAGAGAUCAAUACUUUACUAGGUAAUUUAAAUUGGAUGAAAUCAAAAGAGUCAUUAUUAAAGCAUUCUUACUGGAAUAAUAAUCAUGACAUCUUAAUACCAGUUACAAGCUCUGAAAAUAGUGACUCUGCUAAUUUAGAUGCAGUACUUGAAUUAUUUAUUCAAUCAGGUAAGAGUCCACAAGAAGCAUUAAUGAUUUUGAUUCCAGAAGCUUAUCAAGAUCAACCAGCACUAGAUCAAUUUCCUGAAAUCAUUGAUUUUUAUGAGUACUACAAACCUCUGCAAGAACCUUGGGAUGGCCCUGCCUUAGUAGUUUUUAGUGAUGGUAAAAUAGUAGGUGCAACUCUAGAUAGAAAUGGUCUGAGACCGGCACGUUACUUAAUUACUCAAGAUGGAUUUAUUAGUUUAUCUUCUGAAGUAGGUGUUUUUGAUAUUGAUUCUAAAUCUAUAGUGCAAAAAGGUCGAUUAGGGCCGGGACAAAUUUUUUGUGUUGACUUAGUAAAUAAUUUAAUUUUAGAUAAUUGGACGAUUAAACAGUUUAUCGCGAAUAAAUUUCCAUAUAAAAAAUGGAUACAAAAGUAUCAAAAAGUUUUGAUACCGGAACAUUAUUUAAAUGAUGAAGGUAUUAAUAAAUUGCAAAUGAAUAAAUUGCAUACAGCUUUUGGUUAUACGAAUGAAGAUAUAGAAUUAGUAAUUGAACAUAUGGCUAGCUCAGCAAAAGAGCCUACGUUCUGUAUGGGUGACGAUAUACCAUUGGCUGUCUUAUCAGAAAAGCCACAUCUCAUUUAUGAUUAUUUCAAACAAAGAUUUGCUCAAGUUACUAAUCCUGCAAUAGAUCCUCUAAGAGAAAGUUUAGUAAUGUCUUUAAAUAUGCAUCUGGGAUCUAAAGGUAAUUUGUUGGAACCUCAGGAUUAUAUGGCAAAAUCAAUCUUACUAGAUUCUCCUAUAUUGAAUGAGAGAGAAUUAAAACAACUUUUCAAUCAUGGUUUUAAAAUUACAGUCAUUAAUACUUUUUUUAAUCAAGAUGUAGAAUUUCAAAAUUUUCAUGUCAAAAUUCAAGAUAUAUGUAAAAAGAGUGUGCAUUCAAUAAAUAAUGGAGCUGAAAUUAUUGUAUUAAGUGACAAAGUACAAAAUUUGUCUGAUCAAGAAGCAUUUAUUCCACCUUUACUAAUUAUAGGUGCAGUGCAUCAUUAUUUAAUAUCAAAACAUUUGAGACAUAAGGUAUCUUUAGUUGUAGAGACAGCGCAAUGCUGGAAUACACACCAUUUUGCAUGCUUGAUUGGUUAUGGAGCAAGUGCGAUCUGUCCUUAUGCAGCAUUUUUAACUGUAAGACAAUGGUGGAAUAGUCCAAGAACACAAAAAUUAAUGUCUAAGGAGAAAUUGGAUAGUUUAACUAUUCAACAAUCUCAAAAUAAUUAUCGUGUUGCUAUUAAUAAAGGCUUAUUAAAAAUUCUUUCUAAGAUGGGAAUUUCACUACUAUCUAGUUAUCAUGGUGCACAAAUAUUUGAAAUACUAGGAUUAGGUAAAGAAUUAGUAAAUAUGGCAUUUUUAGGAACAACAUCUCGUCUAGAUGGAAUUACUUUAAAUGAAUUAGCUAUGCAAACUAUAAAAAUAUAUAAUACUGCUUUUUUAUCAUCAUUGCCUAAAAAAUUACCUAAUUUAGGUUAUGUACAAUAUCGUCCAAGCGCAGAAUAUCAUGUUAAUAAUCCUGAAAUGUCUAAAACAUUACAUAAAGCUGUAAGAAAUAAUGAUCAUCUUUUGUAUACUAAAUAUAAAAAUUUAUUGAAUAAUCGUCCACCAACAAAUCUUCGAGAUUUACUUACUGUUUCUAGUAACUUACCUUCCAUUCACAUUAAUGAAGUAGAGCCGAUAGAAUCUAUUUUGGAAUGCUUUUGUACUGGUGGUAUGUCUUUAGGUGCUUUAUCUAGAGAAACGCAUGAAACUUUAGCAGUAGCUAUGAAUAGAAUAGGAGGAAAAUCGAAUUCAGGUGAAGGUGGAGAAGAUGCAAGUCGCUUUGGAUUAAUACAAGAUGUUGAUAUUGCAGGUAUUUCCAAAAGCUUUUCGCAUUUAAAAGGUCUCAAAUUGAAUGAUACGGCUAGUUCAGCUAUAAAGCAGGUAGCUUCAGGGCGUUUUGGUGUUACUCCUGAAUACCUUGUUAAUGCCAAGCAAUUAGAAAUUAAAAUAGCUCAAGGAGCUAAACCAGGUGAAGGAGGGCAGUUACCUGGAAAAAAAGUCAGUCCAUAUAUUGCUCAGUUAAGAAAUUGUAAGCCAGGUGUUACAUUAAUCUCACCACCACCACACCAUGAUAUUUAUUCUAUAGAAGAUUUAGCUCAGUUAAUUUUUGAUUUGCAUCAAAUUAAUCCAAUAGCAAAGGUGUCUGUGAAGUUAGUUGCAGAAAUUGGUAUAGGUACUAUUGCCGCAGGUGUUGCAAAAGGAAAUGCAGAUAUAAUUCAAAUAUCUGGUCAUGAUGGAGGUACAGGAGCAUCACCAUUAAGUUCUAUUAAACAUGCUGGUAGUCCAUGGGAGUUAGGUUUGACAGAAGUGCAUCAAACAUUAGUAGAAAAUAACUUACGAGACAGGGUCUUAUUAAGGGUAGAUGGUGGUUUAAGAACAGGUCAUGAUAUUAUUCUUGCAGCCUUAAUGGGUGCUCAAGAAUUUGGCUUUGGUACAGUUGCUAUGAUUGCAACAGGUUGUGUUAUGGCUAGAAUUUGUCAUACAAAUAACUGUCCUGUAGGUGUUGCAACACAACGUCAAGAUUUAAGAAAUCGUUAUCCUGGUAUACCUUCAGAUUUAGUAAACUUUUUUCUAUUUAUUGCAGAAGAAGUUAGGCAAAUAUUGGCAACUUUAGGUUAUAAAAGUUUACAAGAGAUAGUUGGUUUAAGUAAAUUAUUAAAAUAUAAAUCUACUGUUUUAUCUAAAACAAAGUACCUGAACUUAGAUACUUUAUUAUUUAAUCCAGUAGCUAUUGAUGUAAUUGAAAAGCAUGAUUUUGUUCAUAGUAAUGGUACAGUUUUAGAUGAUAUUUUACUAAGUGAUCCAGAUUUUAAAAAUGCCAUUCAAUUUCAGUCAGACAUUACUAAGACAGUGCAAAUAGUGAAUACUGAUAGAUGUGUAGGUGCUAGAAUAUCAGGAGUUAUAGCAAAAAAAUAUGGUAAUUAUGGCUUUAAUGGUAACUUGCAAUUAGAUUUUCAAGGAGUUGCCGGACAGAGCUUUGGUGCUUUUAUUUCUAAAGGUAUACAUUUAAGCCUGAUAGGUGAAGCCAAUGAUUAUGUUGGAAAGGGUAUGAAUGGAGGAGAAAUAAUUAUCUGUCCUUCUCAAUAUGAGAAUAAUCAUGCUUCAGAAAAAGUGAUUCUUGGUAAUACUUGUUUAUAUGGAGCAACAGGAGGUUAUUUAUUUGCAAGUGGACAAGCAGGUGAAAGAUUUGCUGUAAGAAAUUCAUCUGGUCAAGCUGUAGUGGAAGGGGUGGGUGAUCAUCCAUGUGAGUAUAUGACAGGAGGUUUAAUUGUUGUUUUAGGCCCAUCAGGUCGUAAUAUUGGCGCAGGUAUGACAGGAGGCUUAGCUUACUUUUUAGAUGAAGAUAAUACGUUAGUUUCUAAAAUCAAUCAAGAAAUUGUAAAAUAUCAACAUAUAGUAACUAAAGAAGGUGAAGAGCAAUUAAAAAAUAUGAUAGAGCUUUAUGAAAUUAAAACUAAAAGUAUUAAAGCAAAACAUAUUUUAGAUAAUUGGAAUAAAUAUCUUGAUAUGUUUUGGCAAAUAGUACCACCUUCAGAAAAUUCAACUCCUUUAACUGAUUUUAAAUAUUCUAUUUUUAAUACAGUAUCAAAUUAA